UGCCGCUCGCCGCCGCUCUUCUUUCCUUCCUCCACCGCCUCAUAUCCCUCUGGUUUUCGCAACGGAAACUAAAAGUAAGCACAGAAACGGAAGGAAAGAAGAAGAAACACCGGCAAAGGAAAGUUAACGGCAAUCGGGGAGGGAUUGAAAAUGGAGGAUAAGAAGAGCAAGAUUAAAAUCGCAGUGACGUUAAUUUCUCUCGCAGCGGCUGCAGUUACGAUAGCCUUCACGGCGGCGCAUUACCGGAGGCGGCGGAAGACUAGAAGUUCGUGCUACUUGCACGCUGAAGGAAAGCCUCAGUUCUCUUUCAGGAGAGUGUUGGCUGACAAUUCGUUCUCUCACUUCAAGCACUUGAAGCGCAGUAGUGCGUCGAGCAACGAAGAGAAUGGUUCCAAUUUGCAUCCUUAUGAACAAGAGAUUAAGGCUUUGUUGGAGAAACCACCAGUUGACUUCAAAUUGGAUAGCACUGGUUGGAAUAGCAAAGUCAGCAGUUCAUAUGUUUGGGUUGAGACUGAAUCUCAGUUGAAGGAGCUAGCAGAUUUGCUGAGCAACGAGAGAGCUUUCGGCGUUGACACGGAACAGCAUAGCCUACGGUCUUUUCUUGGCUUCACUGCUCUGAUUCAGAUAUCUACUCGAACUGAAGAUUAUUUAUUGGACACAAUUGCAUUACAUGAUGCAAUGGCAGUUCUAAGGCCGGUUUUUGCUGAUCCAAAUAUAUGCAAGGUAUUCCAUGGAGCAGACAAUGAUGUGCUCUGGCUACAAAGAGACUUCCACAUAUACAUUGUUAAUUUGUUUGAUACUGCAAAAGCUUGUGAGGUGUUGUCAAAACCACAAAAAUCACUAGCAUACUUACUUGAAACCUAUUGUGGCAUAUACACAAACAAAUUGCUACAGCGAGAAGACUGGAGACAACGUCCCUUAUCGGCAGAGAUGUUAGAAUAUGCUCAGACAGAUGCACACUAUCUAUUAUAUAUUGCACGUUGUUUAAUUGAGGAGCUGAGACAACAUGAUAUAGAUAACUCAACUUCUUUAGAUGAAAAACCGCAUUAUGUUGUUGAGGCAACUCGUCGUUCAAACAUGAUAUGUAUGCAAGUAUACACGAAAGAGAUUGAUCUUUAUCCGGGCGAGGCUGCUGCAUCAUCAAUUCUUUCCCGUCAUUUCGAUGUUCAUGAAGGUUCAUCAACUUCAAGUGAGAAACAGGAUCUCGUAAGACGUCUGUGCACUUGGAGAGAACUGAUGGCUCGGGUGCAUGAUGAGAGCUUAAGAUAUGUAUUACCAGACCAAGCUGUUGUGUCUCUGGCAGAAAAUGUUCCUACGAAUCUGACAGAACUCUCUCAGCUUAUUGCUCAUGUUGAUCAUGAUGCGGAUCCUGUGAAUCCCAAUUGUUUUCUUCCUCCUCUGUCAUCUGUGGUCACGAGUCAUUUGGAUGAUUUGUUUUGCUUAAUUCAGGAGAAAGAAAGCAAACUCGAUGACAUAAUUUCUAUCAUUCUCCAAACAUGUCUUGGUGAAAAUGGGAGUUGCCCAUUGUCUAUCUAUAAUUAUGCUCUUCUGGCCAACUGUGACUUCAAACUAACAAGACGAACGGUGUCGAAACAAAAUGGGAUUAGAGGUUCUAAAAAGGCUUCACGGAAGGGUUCACGAGCACGACAGCAUUUUGUUGAGAAGUUCUCCUGUAAAUCUCCAGUAUAUCAUAACUGUAGGAUUUUUGCAGACGAUGGACGUUUGCUUUGUUAUUGUGACCGGAGAAAGCUCGAAUGGUAUCUCCGCCGAGAUUUAGCAAAGCUUGUUGAUGAUGAUCCUCCUGCCAUAAUGCUGCUUUUCGAACCUAAGGGCCGCCCGGAGGAUGAAGACAAUGACUUCUACAUCCAGAGCAAGAGAAAUAUCUGUGUCAGCUGUGGUGAAGGGGGUCACUACUUACGGUAUCGAGUAAUACCUUCAUGCUACAGAAUACACUUCCCUGAGCAUUUGAAAAGCCACCGUUCUCAUGAUAUCGUCCUACUUUGUGUGGACUGUCACGAAGUUGCUCAUGCUGCUGCUGAGAAGCACAAAAGGAAAAUCGCUAUCGAGUAUGGCAUACCACUGUUUGUUCGUAAAGUGGUGGAUUCUAAAGAAACCCCCACAGCAAUACCUGAAUCAGCUUCAUCGAUGGGCAAUGUGGAGGAGGAAGGUGUGUCUCCCUUACAACUGCGAACAGCUGCCAUGGCCCUUCUGCGUCACGGGAAAGGAAUGCCACCCAAGCGAUAUGAUGAACUGAGACAGGUGAGUGAGAAAAUCGUUGUUCUUUCCUCUGAUGCCUUGUCAUUGCAGUAUGGGAACUGGAACAGGUUAUCAUCAGUGGCUCGUGCUAGGCUUGUUUGUUGCUUUCCGUUUCGCUAUAAGCAGAUUGUGAUGCAAUACUAUGGGGGAAGAGAAGUGUCACAAGAAGAUUUGGAAAAGGCUUUGAUGGUUGGAAUGAGCCCUCAUGAGAGAAGACGGUUUCAGAAAAAAAGGGGUGCUUCUUCAAAACUUCCUCUUGGGGUUCUUCAGGCGGAACAAGUAAACCACUAUGUUUCAGCCUGUAAGAUGGAACCACUUCUCUUACAAAAGGAUCAAGACUUUCUGGCUGAGAAAGACGCUGACGAAAGCAUGGGAAUGGUCUCUGCUGCUACUGUUGCUGAGAAGGUGAACCCUGACGAAAGUGACGGUUCUAACAGAAGAGAUAUUGACAUUGAAAAUACUGACGUCAUCCAGUCCAUCACUGCAUCAAAUGGGGCAGGAGAAGAUUCAAUUUAUUCAUCUAAGAGCAACUCCAAACUAUCUCUGCUCGGACAUGGGCCCCAUGGGAAACAAGUCGUUGAGCUUAUAAUGAAGGAGGAAGGAGAGGAAGGCAUAGGCCAGUUUUGCCAGAGAUGGAGACAAGUCUUCGUGGAAGCACUGAACCCUCGGUUCUUACCUGGAGGGUGGACUGUGAUGCACAGUGGCAGAAGGGACUUUGGUGAGUUCAGUGUGUACAAUCCUGCCAAGAAAGUUCCAGGCGCCUAAGAGAUCGAAGGCCCUCCCAUUCCAUUCCUUCACUGCAAAUCAGCAAAUGCGACGUAGUGAACAUUGUUGCUGUGUAGCUUUGUACCCAAUUUCAUAGUGAAAUAUGCCACUUAGUUAACAGGUCAAGGCCAUGAAUGGACAGGGGAUGGUUUUCUCUUUUCUUCUUCAUGCAAGGACUAUGUCACUAAGAAAUUUUGCCAGGCUUCUCCUUAACUUUAUUUACUCAAAGCUGCUAUUAAUACAUUUACAAAAUUAGUCACCAAAAUAGUAAUUGACUAUUUUGCUUGAAAAUGAUGAUAAAACUAU